AAGUUCCUUGCUGAACUCAGUCAAAAGCUCAUUGAUAUUUGCUUCUUACCAUCUUUUAUUUGUUUAGUGCAAAGGAACUUUUGUGCACAGUGAUCUUUCCAUUUAGCCCUAAGUUUUAAAGAACUCUGUGUGCCACUGAUACUGAAGUGAUAUGAACUCCUAAGGAAAAUCUCAACAUUGCUACUGAUGCCUACACUCAACUACAGAGAUCAUAUCAUCAGUUUGAAAGAAACACAUUUGUAAGAAAAGCAGAUAAGCAUACUCAAUACUAUAUAUACUAUAUAUGCAUCUAUAUAUAUUUUUACAAUUGUCAGAUCACUACAGAUUUUUUGACUUGCUCUAUUUGCCUGUACAGUCUCAUUUUACACUUAUUAAACUUAGUUUACUUUACUUACCUAUGUAAUUUAAUCUUCAAAAAGAAUCAUGGUAAACUCAACACAUUUCACUACUAUUAUACUGACUGGCUACUUUGAGGUAGGGCAGGCUAACUACAUUUAUUUUGCUCUUUCAAUAAUAUUGUACAUAACAAUCAUAUUAGCAAAUUCAGUACUUAUUGGUGUAAUUUGUGUAGAGAGAUCCCUACAUGAACCCAUGUAUAUUUUUCUUUGUUGUUUGUUUCUUAAUGAAUUAUAUGGCAGUGCUGCAUUUUUCCCCUUUAUUUUAACAAAUAUAUUAACCACAUCCCAUGAAGUUACAAUUGCUUCUUGUUAUGUACAGAUAUUUUGUCUGUAUACUUAUGCAUCUGUGGAAUUUGGAAGUUUAGCAAUUAUGUCUUAUGACAGGUAUAUUGCUAUCUGUUAUCCUUUACUAUAUAGCAGUAUAAUGACUUGUAACAGGGUGGGCAUAUUGAUUGUAUUGGUUUGGGUUGUAUCUUUUUUAAAGUUCACCAUAAACAUUUUAUUAAGUUUACGCUUAGAGUUAUGUGGAAAUGUAAUAGAGAAAGUGUGGUGUGACAACUAUCUUCUUGUGAAACUUGCUUGCUCUGACACCAGUGUGAAUAAUAUUUAUGGUAUAAUUGGUGCCAUAGUCACUAUAGUUCUACCCUUAAUGCUUAUUUUAUAUUCAUACAUGAUGAUUUUGAGAGUUUGCUUAAAUUCCUCUGUAGAAACUACUCAAAAGGCCAUGAGCACCUGUGUACCACACCUUGUUUCACUCUUAAAUUUCUCUCUUGGCUGUUCAUUUGAGAUUUUUUCAAGUAGAUUUGAUAAGAUACACAUGCCUCCUGUGUUGCGUGUGAUAAUUUCAGUAUAUUUUGUGAUCUGUCCACCACUUCUUAAUCCUAUUAUGUAUGGUAUAAGGUUGGCUAAGAUAAAGACAUCUUUAAAAAAACAUUUCUAUUUAAAGUAGAAAUAUUUGCUUCUCUUCUCUAUGUUUUCCACUUGGUGAUGUUUGGAUUGCUUCCUUAAUAUUAAAGACUGAAUAUCAGACUUAAAAGCAACAUAAAAUAACCUGUGCCAUUUGUAAGAGAAAUAUUUGCUUUACCAAACUUGUUAAGAUUAAUGCAGAUAAUGUAAUUGAUCUUACUAAGAUGACCAGAAAAAACAUAAAAUAUAUUUCUAUCCUACAAAGAACAAAAAAACUUUUAUAUUUGCCAAGUUGUAAAACAUUCCAGAUACUUUCAGUGGCCUCUGAAAUCAGUGAUGCAGAAAUAAAUUAGUCAAAAUUGCUGGAAUUGUUUCUUUACAAACUAAAUAUCACUUAGUAUAUAUUAUUAAGAUGCUAUCUACCAUUUCAAGCCUACAAUUAUGUUUACAAUGAAACAUUUGAUGUGGAUUGUUAAAAUAAAACCGGUUAUGGAUGGGAACAGUGGGCAGCACUCAGAAAUUGUUUGUCAUGAGGCCCACAGACUUGAGUGCCUAGAAAAGAACCAGUAGAUGGAAAAGUGUAUAUGACACAGUAACAGGUUCUGACAAGUGUGUAUGUAUAGGUUGCAAUAUGUAUAGGUUACUAUUUUGGGAGCAGUAAUGUGAGUGUUUUAAAAGGUCUCAAAAUGAAAAAGUAAUUUCAGGUGAUAAGCCAAGUGUGAAUGUUGUCAACUGUAUAUGUAUAAAAUGGCAUCCAAAUACACAAUGUAUUCUAUAUGAGAUGAUUCCAAUAUUCCAUAUUAGAAUCAUCUGCAUUCUUAGAUGGAUAUAGGAUAUUCAGAUAGAAAAAUGGUGGUGGUGUGCUACAUACUAUUUAAAUGUUAUUAUAAUGUUCACAUGUUAUGUUCUACCU